AUGUUUAUCACUCGCGCUAUAAUCUGGUCGCUUGCCGCAGCGACAUCUCUGCAACAUGUCACCGCACAAUCGCUUGGUCAAACAUGUCCUGGAGGAUCUUGCCAAGACGGCUCUCAAUGUGCGAGUGGUUACUGUGGAGGAUUGGACGCCUAUUGUACAGCAGAUCAGGUAGCCACCCAAUGUCGACCCGGAUUGAAAUGCUUGCAGAACCGAUGCAGUGAUCUCGUACCAUCUCAGCUUGGUGGCUCGUGCUAUACCGACGUUCAGUGUCCGGACUCGUCCAGGUGCUCCCCGAGUGACCUUAUCUGUGGCGGGGAAUCCACUUACUGUAGAACCGAAGACGGUACCGGUUAUGGUGCUUCAGUUGACUGUGCGGAUGGGUAUCAAUGCGUUGAAAGCUACUGUACCGAUCGGAACGUCCAGCAAUUAGGAGGUCCCUGCUCUCCUAUCGAUUUUUAUACCCGAAGCCUUUGCGGUAGCAACAUCGGUUGCAGCUACACCGAUUACACCUGUGGAGGACUGGAUACUUAUUGUACUGCCGACGACGGGACAUCAACUGGACCGUCUGCUAAUUGUAGACCGGGACUGACUUGCUUGAAGAACAACUGCAACUCGCUGAAUGCAGUGGCUCUUGGAGGUCAAUGCACCUCGGGCGUUCAAUGCGAGGGUUCGCCUUACUGUACGAACUUCAUCUGCGGUGGCGCUGGCUCCUAUUGCGAUGACGACAUUCAGGGCUAUCAGUGCGCUCCGAAUCUCAACUGUUUGGACAACGCAUGUACGGCCUUUUCCGAAGUACAAAUCGGGGAAGCCUGCUCCGACAGUCGACAAUGUCCCGGCUCAGUACAAUGCUCGGACAGCGGUAUCUGCGGGGGCCCAGGGGCCUAUUGCGCAGACGGCUCACCUGAAGGAUCUUCGGCCCUGUGCGCUGAUGGAAUACUCAAUGUCUCGGAGGCCUCGAUUGCUCCCCUAGUGGUAUAUGCGGCGGCGAUGGCGCGUAUUGUUUCGACACGAAUAUGUGUCAAAGUGGCUGUAAGCUGUACCCAGCCGCCUUAUUCUCGCAGAAAAAGUGCGCUGACCAUUUCGACGACAUCACUCAAGCUCAAUGCGUAA